GCUCCUCAACACGCACAUACAACACGGAGCAGACAGUACGGUUUGAUUUCUGCUCUACGCGAGGAACUCCACGACAAUUCAGCGUUGAAAUAGGCAGCAGCCUUCCCCUCCAUCAAGAUUGUUCCGAAUUUUAAGAAAGAAAUGGCGCCCGAGGCAGCAAGAAAGAGUUUGCUUCGACAGACGUCCAUGAAGACAGUUCUCCUGUGUAAGAAACUUGCCAGUCAUGCAGCAGCCAGAAUCAUCGAAAGCAGACAAGAUGUAGCUGAUGUCCGGAAACAGCAACUCUACGACAUGUGGGCCCCUCCAAAGUCAAAGGGAGAUGUUGAUGGCGACGUAUUCUCUAGACAGCUCUACGCCAGAAGCAAAGGGAUUAUCAGCCUGCUGGGUCUCUCGAAAGUCGCAAACGCAAACAGCGUCAAGAAUGAAGCCAGGAUGAUUUCGGGCUGGUUGGAGGUUCGCAAGAGAGGUCUCUUCAAAGUCUGGUGGGAGAUGCGAUAUUGUGAAUUAACAAUGUCGGGUGACCUUGUUGUCCGCAAGUCACAAAGCUCCCCUGUGCAGUCAUCAACCUCGAUCAUGGAUCUUUAUCUGGUACAGGACGAAAAGGAUCACUCCGUCAUCUGUCUCAAGACAUCCGAAGAGUCCUCCAGCGACGUCAUUCAGAUGAGGAUCCCUUCCUACAAGAUAAGACAAGACUGGGUCAGCUGUAUUCGAACCUGGACCAAAAGAGAGUGGUUGGAAAUGGUCACGCAGACCGAGCUUGCGGUGGGGAUCGUCCUCCCCAUCGUGGGAGGCUUCCUCAACUCUGUGUGGAACCUCCCUGGCAACGUUGCAACGUCGGAUAUGAUCCGAGUGGUGCGAAGACCGGCGGAGGAGAGCGGGUGGUGCUGGGAGCACUUUUGGAUGGUCAACCAAGGCGUGUCCAUUGUGCUCAACCUUGCCUACAUCCUCCCUCACCUCGGCGUCGACAACCUCCACCAUGCUAUCGUAUCCUCCAGCAGCUCGGGCCUUGCCGCCAUCAUCGUCGCGAGCUUCACGUGGGGGUUCGGCACCAUCGGCUUCGGGCUCGCGCUCAGACUGGUCGGCAUCGGGCUUGGGACGGCUCUGUGCAUGUCGGUGAUUGUGAUCAUGGGAGUGGUGUGGGGUUUCAUAUUCGGAGGAGGAGUCCCGACAGGAGCAGCAGGAGCGCUGAUCUUGACCGGAGUUGUAGUAGCCAUCAUCGGCUUCGGCAUGCUGGGAAGAGCUGUUCACCUGCGUGAAGUUGGGAGGACCAGGAGGUCAGAAACAAGCGGAGAAUCCAAGGAGCAUGGGAGCGGGCAAGAGAUGAGCUGUGCCAGCACCAACCUGGGUAUCGACAUGAAGGAGGUGGACGAAUCGAUGAAGUUUGUGGUCGUCGAGCCCUCCAGCCCAAACUUUCCUGCCUCCUCCAAAUCAGCGUUCGCGGCGGAGGGAGGAGGUGAAGCAGAGAGGAGGCCAGAGGAGCCAAGAAGGAGAACUCUCUCCCCUCUGCAGUCUGUUGGCUUCUGCAUGGUUGCUGGAAUCUUUGCGUCAAGCUUGCAGCUUGCGUUUGUGAUUGGGGACUCACUCACGCAGCAGCUCCUUGCUCUCGGAAAUUGGGCAGAGUUUGUGAGGUGGUCAGCAGCUGGAGAUAUCAUCCAUGUUCUGAGAGAUUCCAACAGGCCAGAUGAGCGACUCUUGAUAUCAUGGCGAAACAGCAUCUUGUCAGUAGUAGAGGACGAGCAGGAGAAGGCGCUGGAGCAGAAAAAGGACACGAACAUCGAAGACAAGACUUGGAUCGCGUUUUCCUGUCACAUUCACCUUUACGGCGCAGCAGCCAAACUUCUCGGAACUCUUGGCCCUGUGAUCGCCUGGCCGGUGCUCAUGUGCUGCACCAUGACCUUCGGGCAGCUCUGGGGUUUCUUCCUCCGCGAGUUCAGACCGGACGAUGACGGUCGUCGCAUCAACGCAUUGGGCACCGCCGUCCUCUGCAUGGCCAUAGUCAUGACCUCCAGUGCUGCCGCCGUAUGA